CUGGUUUUCUAAAGAGGGCAACACCUGCUGACGUCACCACUACAAAUUACCCAUAGCCAACACACACACGCACACACACACCACAAACCGGACUUUUGUGUGUGCAGAGCUGCAGUAUACGCGCGGAUGGAGAGUCAGAAAGGGAGGGCGCACAGAGCGAGACAGCAUCAGUACAGCGCGGCAGUGAGCCACGGUCACACAGGGCUGAGUGAGAGUGAGCGCAGUGGAAGGACGCACUUUCAGUUGCACUCCUGAGGGAAAAACACGACUUGCCUGCUGGACGGUGGCGUACAUCACUCAGACAAACACAGUCAAGGACACAUGUGAGCCGAGUGCGUCUCCACGGAGAACAUUUCGCGGACUCUGCGUCCAGGAUUCAGGGUUUUCUUUUUUAAAUUUGUUAAUUUUUUUUGCGUAAGUCAUGGUAUUUGUUUGGAAACUAAAUAAACAAUGCUCUCCGAUGGAGUCGACUAAUUCACAAAGAUGAGACUCGGAGGGGGUGAUCGACAACAUUCAAUGGUUCUUUGGUCUCCUCAGGUGGGACAAAGUCCGAUAAGCUGCACAAGUCUCACCCACUGAGCCUGAGAAGCGGUCACCUUCUGAAAUGAUGUCUGGUGGCGACGUGCGUGGUGCGCUAGCGUGCGUGUGAGUGACUGACCGAUAGCCUUUCUGAGAAAGAGAGAAAGAGCCUGGAUAUAAACAGAAGCCGGGAUUUCAGGCAGCGACAGCCAGACACUCAUUGCCUCUCUCCCAGCUACUCACACCCAUGCAGGAUGCCCGGAGAGCGCCGGAGAGUCCUGGUCCAGCUCAGCCCGAGUUCAUGACGCUCUGGGCGGCCUCGUCAUGCGUCUCUUGCCCGAGCCCAGUGCCCAGUCCCUCCGACUCCUCUUCCUCUUUAUCUUCGUGAUGGGGGUGGCCCCUUCACCGGCUCUCACUGCCGGUUGCCCUGACAGAUGCGUGUGCGACGACCAGCUGGUGGUCCAGUGCGCUGGCCAGGAUCUUACCCAGUUUCCCAAUGACCUCCCCCUGGCCACCCGGCAGCUCAUAAUCUCGAACAACCGCAUCGGGGACCUACCGGCGCUGCAGCUCAACUACCUUUCUGAUCUGGUCUAUCUGGAUUGUAGCAACAACUCACUGACAGAAAUCUCCGAGUCCACUUUCGGGAACUUGAGGAAACUCGCUUAUCUGGACUUGUCAUUCAACAACCUGCUGCAGAUCGAGGACCGGACUUUCGGGCCCCUAGCGUCUCUGGUGAUGCUCCGGCUGACGGAUAACCCGAGUCUGGGGGAGAUCCACCCGGAUGCCUUCGCAGAGAACAUGGCUCUGCAGGUGCUCGAUGUGAGCCGGAACAACCUGACGACCCUCAACAUUAGCAGCCUGAUCGCCUUGCCUGCUCUGAGGUCUCUGGGGCUCAGCGGCAACCCAUGGAGAUGCGACUGUGACACAGAGGACCUCUGCCUUUGGGUGCAGAUAGAGGGAUACAAGUUCCAAGAUGAGGGCCAGACAGUUUGCCACAACCCUCCGGAGCUGGCUGGCCAGCGGUUGGCGGAGGUCGGCAUGCAGUUGCGGGCAGAUUGCCACCAAGGCCUGGGCUACUGGGACUACCUCUUCUUCAUCGCCAUCGGCUUUGUCAUCUUCUCGGCCGGCACGGUGUCGGCUUGGGUGAUGGGCGUGCUCAUGGUGCUGUACGAACGCUACAGCAAGCGAAAGAGCGAGGAACUGGACAGCGAUGACGAGGAUGAAAGGGGAGGGAUGGGCGGAGGUGGGGCAGGCGGAGGAGGGGGAGGUGGGAACCAGGGGAAUGGUGAUGUGAGCAAGUCUGGCAUGCAAGUGUGACAGACUGAUGUGAAACAACAUUGGAAGAGGAAGAAAGAAAAGACAGAGAGGAGCAACUUGAAGUGAUGAGAGGAGUCUGAGACCAAAGGCUCUGCUAUGAACUAAGAUCUGCCUGUCUCUCUUUGUUACAGAUUUAGAUAUUGCAAUAUGCUCCUUAACAUAUAAGAAAGUGAGUGUGUAUGCGUACGUGUUUGCGCGCGUGUGUGAGAGUGUGUGUCUGCGAGAGAGAAAGAGAGACAGACAGAGACAGCAAUAAGGAUGACUAUGCCUUCACUUCAGGAGAAACAGAAUGACCUCUGAGAUUAUUGAGAGCAAUAACCCCCCCACCACCACACACACACACACACACACACACACACACACACACACACACGUACAAACAAACACACACACACUUUGCAAAGAUAGUCUACGGAGCUGCUGGUUUCUCUGAGUGGGUGGAUGUACCUUUAUACUAUAUGUAAAGUACUCUUCAGUAACACCCAGUAAAACAAGACACGUGAGUGACGCAUUCAAACACACACACACACACACACACACACACAGUAUAAUCAUACAAAAUACAUAAGAAGGUACUGGGAGUCACAACGAGAGCUUUGCCUUAUCUCCAAAGUUAGAGGGGGAUCUAGUUUCGUAUUUAAAUGUGAUUUUCCUGAAAGCCUUAAGGCAACUCACUUGAAAUAUUCUACAGUCACCGCUGUUUCCUAUAGACAGAAUCUGUCCACAGAGAACAAACACACAUUUUGGGUCAUAACAGAUCGAACAAUGUCAGACACUGUCAAAAUAAUGUGAAUGUACAAAAAAAGAUCAAAGCGUUGGUCCAACUAAGCUUGCCAUGUUACUCUUAACAUUAAAAGGCACCCUGUGGAGCUGUCUAAGUGGUAAAUGGUGCUAUGGAGCAACAUUUUCUUUGGGACGUUUGUCAGUUUUGCUGUACUGACUGACACAUAACGUGCUGAGGGUUUUGAGCAAAACUAGAGGGUUUCUAGUUAUCAAUGGAUGCCGAUGUCUUAAGUCAGCAGGUAUUUAUAUAAGCAUUUAUAUAAGCCUAGAGGAUAGAUGCAGAUGAAUUUAUUUGAAUGUAAAAAAUUAACUCCCUUUGUUGACAAGAAAACUGCACAGGGUGCCUUUACAAAGCAACUUAACACCAGCUGAAAAUCAGACUUUGUGGUUACUAUAUCCAGACAGUAAUGCAAAUUUGUAGCACAAUUCUUUCCUGAAUUCCUGACCAGAAACCUUUUGGAGUGUUGGGACCAAAAAUGUUUGCAAGAAUCUGAAACACUCUGUGACAUCUUGAGAAUGAGAUUCCACAACAUAUCCUUGAUGCUGACCUAAAGGAAAGCAAAGCAAAGACAGAUUAAAAGAUGUUUAAGUGAAAUCACACAAGUUGUAAAAGACAGAACGGUUUUGACCCUUUUAAAAAGUGCUACUCAAACAUUCUGGAAAAUGUGCUGAAUUAAUGGUGUUAAUUUCACCUGUUUAUUUGAAGGUAGCUACAGUUUCCCCAGUAUUUCACAAAAAUCUGAUGUUUUCAUUUGCUGCUGUUUCUUACUAGAGCGUAUGGUUCACUCGACAUUUAAAGACGUGCUUUUACAUGCCGUUGCCCCAACGUCUCCACCUCAGAUAGGGGCCGUGCAGAAGACUGAGGUGCUUUUCAGCCUGAUGUUAAGUUGCUCCCAAAGCUUGUUUCUCUGUAAUAACAGACCGGAGAAGUCUACCUAUAGUGACACUAAGUGACUGUCAAAUCUCAUGUUUACUGUGUGUAUGUCUGACUUCAUGUUUCUGUGUGUACAGUAUAUGGUUUGCCACACUGUGAGUCGCGCUGCAGUAGUUGCUUGCCGUAGUCUCCAUCUUGCUAUUGUGCUUGUGGGAGAAGUUUGUCUUUCUCUUUGUGGCAGGAUGCCUGUUGUGAAAGUCAGACAGUGUUUGUCAGGCUUUCACCCAGGAAGUCUGGAGUUUGAGCCAAGUAUCCAAUUAUUAUUUUAAACUUAAAGUCAAAGUUUAAUUAGUUGCAUUUGAGAAAAGAUGCUUUUGGUGGUUAAAAUACACAUUGCCACAACAUUAGCCACUUCUUAAGCUGUUUUCACACAUGCACUGCAGCCCUCAGCUUUUAUAGACAUUAACUGACAGAGGUGAAUGUGAGAGUGUAAAUGUUUAACCCUGUCACAUCAAUCACUAUACGCUAACUUGUGUGUCUGUGUGAUGUCCAAUUGCACACGUGAGAAAAGCUUAGGCAACUGUACGGUGAAUUCACCGUGAGCAAGUUGAUCUGCUGCUUUGUGCACGCUCUACCCUCAUAGCACCUAAGGCUAAUCUGCACAGGGUAUUCCUCUGUAGUAAGAAUUAUUUCCUACAUGUAAGAAAAGGCAGCUUUGGACAAUGUCCCGACCUGAUUCUGUGUGUGCACGUGUGAAAAUGGCUUUUGAAAGCCCUGAAGCCAAACUUCUCCCGUGCUCUGUAGUUGUAGAAUUGGGGCGGGUUCAUGGUGGCUGCACACGAAGACAGCACCAGGGUGAUUGACUUAGUGGUACAUCCACGGAUGACUCUGCUUUAUGUGGCUAGACAUAUCACUUAGUUGACCCCAUAUCACAUACGCAGAUGGGCUGCAGCCUAAAACCCAACUGUCAGAAUAGAAGUGUGCCUCUGGAGCAGUAGUAGUAGUAAUAUUACUGUGUGUGUUCAUGUAUGCGUAACUGUAUGUGUUUAAGUGGGGCAGAGCGAUCAUAGAGCAUCUCUGUUAGCAGCGUGGAUGAGUGAUUCAUGAGCACAGACUGAUCCAAACCGAUUCCUCCUUCAUCCUGCUCCGCUUCCACCCUGUCUGUCAGAGACUGGAUAGGCGGUUAGCGAUAAUAGAACUUUAGAUAGAGGUGGGGUUGAGCAAGAGCGGGGUCACCAUCUGAAGCAGGAAUUCAUCCUGACUGAUGUAUUUAGCAGCUGUAUUGAAAGACUGAUUGAUAGCCAGGCUUUUAUUGAUGUUGUGGGCUAAGUGGAUCCAAAUGCCCUGGAUGAAUGGGCACAGUUAAAUGAUGAAUCUCCAGAGGGUUUGACAGAAUGUACGCGAGUGCGUCACUGCGUGAGUGUGUGAAAGAGUGCAUGUUUAUGUUUUUUGUGGCUUGGUUUAUGAUCAUAACAGUAUAUCCUAAUGUGGGUGCAGAUGAGCGACAACAGCUUUUUCAUUUGUUUUGUUUUUUUGUUUUUUACAAUGAGAGGUUAACUUCCAAUCAAAAUUUGUCACAUCUUCACAGACACGCUUCCUCCCUCACUCAUUCACGGGAAGCCACUCACCCUCCCAUUUAAACACACACAUGCGCACACAUAGAUCUUCCUACAUGCACAUUAAAUCUCAAGGGCAUCGCUAAAGUCAGAGCUGCAAGCCUGAGAACAUUAACACUCCUGCUUUGGUCUCUCUUACCAUGCAUCACUACAUCCUCUUAUCCUUCCCCUUCAUUCUCAAUCCGACACUGUCAUCAGCUCUCACAUGACGCCAGCACACAAAGACACACGGACACACCUGGAUCUAUAAUUUAUCUGCUAAAUCUUUAGGCUGUCAGGGCAGAUUUUAAAAGGACCUGUGGAAGGCUGGUAUCCAUGUUUCAUCACAUUCAUAAAAAGGCAUUUGAUACCAUGGCAUGACCUCACAACCACAUACCUAAACUUGCAGACAACACUUUCUGUUUGGUGCGUACAUCUGUUUUGCUGGGCUGAUUGUCAGUUUUAUGCUGCUGACAAAUAUAGAGCUGUUUAGCGGACAGAAAAUGUCAGUCCUUUAUCAGCACUAGGUCAGAGGACAGGGGAGUCAGUCAGCGUGCCAAAAGGUGAGGCGCUAUGCUGGUGUGAAGUCGUCACAGGGCAGAGCACAGGACAGGGUAAAAAUAUCACUGAUCUAAGAGGGCUUCUGUUUUGUGCACACAUGUGAGCACCAUCAGAUUGUGUAAUUAGCUGAGAGGCGAGUGGACGUUUAAAAUGUUUGGAAGCUACUUUGGCUUAUGAAUCUCAUCUUAAAGGCACUAAUGCAUCUAUUGAAUGAGCAUGAGUUUGUGGAAAGGAGUUGGAAACAAUUUAAUAUAUUAUUACUGGUAAAAUCACUGCAGUGGACUCUGUUCUGGGUGCAGCUGAUCAAAGCAAGCGAGGAAAGAGAGGAGGGGGCUUCUUUGUAACUUCUCCCCUCCUCUCAUCAUGUUUUUACACAUGUAGUGUGUGAGGAUGUAUCUCUGUGUGUGGCUGGAAAAUUCACAAAUUACUGCCCGAGAAAGCAGCGUUGGUGUGCUGUUUAGAAGUCAGAGGUGCUGUGAUGGCUUGCUGUUGAAGCUGCAGAUUGCAGAUGUCCUCGAAGGUGACAGCACAGUCCCCAGUGUACGUGUGUGUGUUUGGGGGGGGGUCUGAUCUAGAUUCUGUGUAUCGUUUUUUUUGCCAUUUCUUUUAGAUUUUUCUUUAGUUUUGUACAUCAUUAAUCAUAAGCAAUAAAGAACUUAAGGAUGAAGUCUGGAUGAAAAGUAGUUUUCUAAGAUUUUACUUGUUAAUACUGGAAAAAUGACUUGAAUUCUUGUCUUACAUGAAUAAAAACUACUCAGUUAAAAACUGUAAGAUUUUUUAAUACCACAAAUAGUGGAGAUCUUUUGUUUAACAGCACUGAGUCCUGGGUCCAGUGCACCUUUGCUGGAUGUUUGCAGUAUAACAUAGUUCCGUUGCUGAUUUUCAUAGCCCCACCACCACAUUCUUUAUUAUUGGCAUUUUUAUAGCAAUCUUAAUUUGGUUUAUUCAUAUUGUUUUUAAUGUUUCCGGCAUAUUCUACCAUUUACUAACUGAAAUCUCCUGUCUGCUUUAAAAGCAUUAAGAGGAAAUUGUGUAUGCAUGUAUACCAGUGUUUCUAAUAAUGUGGCAUUGAUAUCAGCUGGCUUCUUUGUUCAAAUUCUCUGCAGUCGCUUUUUGGUUGUAUUUCACAAAACCCCUAACGAAAUCCCUACAGCUCCACCUGUGGGUGGUGGGUACACAGCAGGGCAGAUGCAUGCAGUUGCUUUGGGUUGCUUGGGAGCACAGCCACCAGACCCUCACCCUAUUCUGUGCAGCGGGUCACUCUUGGAUCCUCACCCAGAACCAGUUUGCCUUGGGAGAUCCGACCAGGGGCAAAUUGACCCACACAACAUAUCUCCUGUGAUCACUGGACAUGCAAAUCCCUCCACCACGUUAAGGUGAUGAUUCAAGGAGGGGACUGCACAUUUAGAAGGUAGCAAACUGGCAACCAUAUGUUAGCCUACCAUGGUUUGCUAUUUCACUUCUUAACUAUUAUUUAGAAAAUUAAUAACACGUUGUAUUCAAAGUGAAACCAGCAACUGAGACCAUUAACUCAUCAGGACAGUCAAUAAGGUCACAAAUCAAGUUAGCAGUAGGUUCAUUUCCCCAUAAAAGUUGCCCCUGCUGGCCAUUUAUAGAAAAAAAACAGGUUCACGUCCACAUUGGCUUUACUUUUGGAGGCUAACUCCUUGCUAUGUGUAUGGUUUAUGAAUGAGCAAUCUGGGAACCCACUGGCUAGUCUGAAUAAUUAGCAUCUGGAGACGAUGCCAGCAAUUCUGGGCUCAUACUGAAGCCAGUAAAGAUCUCUUCCAAGAUUUCCUGUUCCGGGCAUCGUUUAUGAAUGCAGGUAAAUUAGAAAAAGAUGAUGAGAAAAAAAAAAUCAGUGUCAGACAAUAGCUUAUGAUUUUUUUAGAUUGCAUUUCAGCAUGCCAUACCUCUUUUAUUCUACACAAAAACUGUUGACUUGCAUGCAUUUUGGGAAGUUCUUCACCAAAACUCUGCAGAUUUGGCAUAUUCAUGCGCAGAUAUCUGUUUCUGGAGAUUAAUGACAAAAUAGCAACUCAAGCUGUUACUACAAUAAUAACCACACAAGUUAUUAAAUCUACUAUAAGUGAAAUCCCGAAGGUUCUCACUUUAAACUGUGUAGUCGUGCUCUGGUACUGAUGCGCAGGUGUGUGCUCCUUUGCUGCAAUUGCCUGUGGGAACUCAGUUUCACAGAUAGCUCUCAGUGAGGUUGGAAAGAGCAAUCUUAGACUCAGUCUCUCGCUCUCUCACACACACACUGAGGGAAAAAUAGAAAUAGUCCACUCUCGUAAAUCUGAGCAAUAUUUGGCUCAAUUUCCUAUAUAUUAGACACAGUCUGUCUGUCUGUCAUGUGUGCCUCUAGAGAAUUUAGAGAUUGCAAGCCACACACAUACGCACUUCACAGUGGCACUGGGAUAGCGUCAGGGGCUUAGAGCAGGAAGCAGAGGCUCACAGUUGACUUUGGUGAAUGCACGUAUGAAUGUUUUUUCUCCCCUUUCUUGCCUGACAACUUUUCAUUUUCCUCUUUAUCUGUCCUCACACCCUGCUCCCACCUGCUUGGCUCGGAGCACCCCACCCUUCCACUUUCCCUUUCUUUCCACUCCCUCCUCUCUUCACUUCAGUUGUGCUGCCAACUGCUCAGCCGCUCCACUCACACCACUGGCAGAGAGCGAGCCCUAAUCCCUCACACGGCCCUCAAAACUGUGCCUGCUGGAUCUUAGAGCUUUGGCGCUUCUAAAAGCUUUCCAUGAGAGAGACAGGAAGGAUUGCGGGCUGACAAAUGGACACAGAAAGACCGACAGGCUUGCAGACAGACGGACAGAAAUGGCAAUUUUAUACAAUACUGAGAACACAAAACCCCAGAAGCACAACAGCAAUGCAAGAGCCAAAACAUUUUGUGUUCACACAACCAUUACUGUGUGCGUUUGCAUGUGUGUGGGUGGGUGUGCGCUUUAGUUUGUGUGUUCAGUCUGAUCUGAUCCCGUUAUUUCUCUGAGGGUGAAGUUAGAGUGCAAGCAUGAAGCACAGAGACCAUCUAAUGCAAUAAGUCAAUAUUACAACCCAUCACUGCACACACACACACUGCACAAAAUAGCCUUCCAGAAGAAAAUGUGAACAUUUUGUCUUUGCAGAUCCUUUGAGUUUUAUUAUUCUCCAUCAUAUUCCCUGUACUCACCACUGAUGCACAGCUACAGUGGAAAAACUGUAAAAAUCAAAGAAGGAAUACUAGAAUAUGACCAGGAGGAGGUGAUACAUCAAAAUCAACAACUGUUUAUGCAUCACUUUCAGCGCAACCCCACUUUAACUGUCCACAACCACACACACAACCACACGCACACCCUAACAUACAAACACAUGCACAAUUAUAGCAUAAUGACUGGAUGACAUUGUGUGGGAGCAGAGGAGAGAGUGGCAGUCAGCAGGAUUCCCUCUGCUUGCUUCCCCUUGAAUGGCAUUUAAGGGGAGGUGUACUAUAAACAAAUGCACAACCGGUAGAAAAAUCCUAAUAUCUUAACCUGGGUUUUAUUUUCAUAAUUGUGACUAUGUGGCAAAGAUUGCGGCAAAGUGGGCUGUUCAGAUUUUGAAAGCUGCAGCCACUAAGUUCUUUCCCCUGACACAGACGUAUACGCACUGUGACUUCACCCACAGGUUUUCCUACAAACACAUUACAUCACAUAAAUGUUAUGUUAGCAUUAUGUAAUGCUCAUAAUUUUUAUAAUUUGCAACAUUAAUAACUAAUGAUGUUAACUGGUGAUGACAACAUCUCUACAGCUCUAUGGCUGCAAAAUAACCAGCGCAGAUGAAGCCUUUGUUUGCAUUUAAAUCGUUCUACUGCAAUUUUACUGCAGUAAAACAGAUUGAUCAAUCUAAAUUGCCUGUGGGAGUGAAUGUGAGCGUGAAUGGUUGUCUGUCUCUGUGUGUUAGCGACAGACUGGCGACCUGUCCAGGGCGUACCCUGCCUCUCGCCCUAUGAAAGCUGGGAUAGGCUCCAGCGCCCCACGUGACCCUAAAAAGGAUAAGCGGAAGUGGAUGGAUGGAUGGAUAAAAGAAUUUUUGCAAUGUUGCCACAAAGUGCUUCAUGUUAUUACUAUAUAAUGUUUCCACUAUAAUAAAACCAGAUUAUCAGUCAGUGCUUGCAAGCCUAACUAACAAGCUGUUAGCAUCUAUAGACUGUAGGGGCACGUCACACAGCAACACAAGUGGCUGUUCAAGGAGCUGUAACUUCUGUGUUGACUUCAUUUUCCAACCUACACAUUUAUCAACCCAGACAUGAGUCCGAAUAGCUACAAUAAUGGGAACGAAACUCAAGCUGAACUGUAAUUUUCCAUUAACACUGGCCCUCUUACAAGAGGUAGGGCGCUCAGAAGCUUUGAAAAACAUGACCUUUCAGUCAGUAGAUGGAUGUCUUUGAAACAGACCAGCCUAUAGGUACUUGAGCAAAAGAGGAGAAAAUAAUCACCAUCACACUAUUUGUCCAUUCUAGAAAAGACAUUAUAGUACAAUUAAAAGUUAAAGUGAGGACUCUUUUUUAUAUAAAUCUGUAUUUGUUAGAUUAAAGAAAUUUUUAGAUGAGCCAGAACUAGUCUUAGUUCAUGUUUAUGCUGCAAUUUAAAAGAUUUAAGACUGGGGACUGGAACAAUCUUAGGAGUUUCAGGCGUGUCAAGCAUCUUUUCUAGCAUACCAAGAUGUGACAUAGUUGGGGUAGAGGUCAGAGGUCAAAAGUGGACCAGAGACAGAUUUCAGUUUCAUAAUUAUAGAAAUGGCACACUUCAUAUACAUUAGAAACACACAAUGUGCUCUCACGCAAAUAAAUAAAAACAAAUACAAUACAGAGCAGCAAUUUACCCAAGAGUUUCUCACACACACACACACACACACACACACACACACACGCACACACACUUCCUGUCGAUCACUGGCCUAUCUUGGUUCUCUCACUUGCAGUAGCGCUCUCUUUCUAGUUUCUCAUCUUUGGCUUUAAACACUCCAAAACACCAAAACACACACACACAGACUAUUGUACAAAUCUUCACAGAACUUGCCUGUACUGUAUGACUAGCGGUUCUGGCUAUUUAAUACUGCAGUAACUUAUAUUAAGUAACAUUUUAUCUUUUACUAUCAAUUAAAUCAAUAGACUGAUGUUUAA